AUGGCGACGAGCGGCGUCUGCGUCAUUUCAGGGUUGUACACGCCCGAGCAGUGCCAAGCCAUGCACGGUCAAUUUCGUGAUCUGGUGCAGCAAAUUCAUCCAGAAUGGACCGAUUGGGAGCGCGACUUUGACCACAAUCAACUCUUUCUCUCGCGCAAGGGCAUGUACCGCGCAGGGGGACUCUGUCAUCAGCAAUACGUGUGGGACAUUCGGCAAGACCCUCGCAUCGUAGACAUUUUCGCCCACCUCUACGGUGUCGAGCGCACCGAGCUCUUCGUUUCGAUGGACUCGGUGUGCGUGCGUGGCCCCUGUGUGCCGACCGAGCAGGAAUGCCGAGAGUGGUACCACUUGGACCAAACACGAACACCCGACCCUGUCUGUUUCCAGGGCUUCUUGUCGCUCUUGGACAUGCCGGAGACAGAGUCGCCACUGCGCGUGUGGCCCGGCUGGCACCGUGUCCCCAUCCUCAAGGACUUUCCACCCCCUUCCCACCUAGUCAACUACUACCCGCUUCCCUCUUCCCUCGAAGCGAAGCUCAGAGCCUACUACCCAAAUGAAUCCCUCGAGCGAACCCUGGUGCCCUGCAAAGCCGGCUCCUUUGUUCUGUGGGACUCACGCCUGCCCCACAUGGGUGGCAACUCUCUCCAGGAGACGCUUGGUCGCCACGUUGUUUACGUCUCCAUGCAACCCAAGGCCUGGGCAGGGCGCUGGGCUGCCGAAGACGGUGUCCAACCCGAAAAGGCGCACGAUGACCUGGUCAAGCAGCGCUGUGAGGCGUUUCGAGCGCUGUGCAACACCACGCACUGGUCUUCAACAACCCUUGUGAUCAAUCCGCCACCACCGCACCCGGAAAACUGGCCCGGGACCGGUCGUGAGGGUGAAUUUCUUCGUGAGCCCACCGCCUUUGUGCCGCGGCCGGCCCUCAGUGCAUUGGGUCGCUCUCUAGUCGGCUUGGAUGAGCCUAUGCACAACGCCAGCCGAUGCUCAAUCAUGUAA